UUGAAGGAAAAGGCGGAGACAUCAAUGCUUUUGCACACUUCCCUCAUUUAGAGGCCCCUCCUUUGGUGAUACAUACGUUUCUAGCUCUUUUUCAUCUUCUUCUUCUUCAUGGCAAUGGAAGAAUACCCAAGAAUCCCCAUGGAGAAAACAAGAAAGAUCAUACGAAGAUCAGUCCAUACCUUUCUUCAACACUAUCAUUACCUCACAACAACCGCUGCCCUUCUUGCUCUUCCCUACUCUGCCUCAGCUCUGCUUUCACAAGCCUUUGUCCCCUCUUCUUCAUCUACCCUCCUCCCCACCUUAUACUUCCGUCUCAAGGCUCUUUUCCAAGCAGCCGGAUUCCCUCCCUCCUCCCAAUUUUUCAGCCUACUCAGCCUCAAGAUCUCUCAAACCAUCUCUUCCUCGGUCUUCGCUCUUCCUUUCACCCUUUCCUUCCUCCUCCUAGCCAAAGCCUCUGUGAUCCAUUUCUUGAACCGAUACAAACAUCCCUCGCUGCCGUCUUUCUCUUCCUUCAUAUCCCUCUACCAGCCUCUCCUCAUCACCUACUUAUGCAACUCUCUUCUCCUCCUCUCUGCAAAUGCAACCGCCUUUAGCAUCCUAUUCUUCGCCUUCAAUUUGCUUGAAGAAUUUGGCUUUUCCUCUCCCAAUUUCUUCUUCAUUUUUUCAGCGGCCGGAGCUGUUCUAUACUCAAUCAUCAUUGCAAAUGCCCUGAUCAUCUGCAACUUAGCAUUGGUUUUAUCCGGUGUGGAAGGAUCCGGUGGGUACUUGGCAAUUCUCAAGGCUUUUGUACUCAUACGGGGAAGAACUUCAACAGGGUUAUCCUUGGCUGUGCCUGUAAACUUAGUCAUGGCCGCCAUUGAAGCCCUCUUCCAUUUCAGAAUCGUCAGAGCCUUUCACUUCACCGGUAAGGUCACCCCUGAUAUGGGAUUAGAGGGGAUGUUGAUUGCUUUCCUCUACUCUAUUUUAGUUGUUCUUGACACUGUUGUGAGUUACAUCUUCUUCAAAAGCUGCAAGAAUGGUUCUUUAAUGGAAGAAGAAGGCAGAUUCUAUUACAGAACUGAAAUUGCAAGGGAAGAUGGGGAUGAACAUCUCCAGUUGAAGAAUAGUGAAGAAAUCCCAUAGAAGAUAUUAAUUGAUGGAAAUAAACAAACCAGGAUCAUCAAAUUCUUUUCUUGAAAUUUGCAGAAAAAAGACUGCAGAAGGAAUUGUGAAAUAAAUUUGUCUGCAAAAUUUAUUUGUUCCUCCAAUUCAUCUUGUAGAUUGGAAAAUGUUAUAGAAUGAUACUGAUUUUCUCUUUAUAAAUUGGUUUUUUUUCUCUCUUAAAUGGGUUUUCUGUGGGGAUAUAGAAACAGUUGUGGAGAAAGAUGCACCAAUUGAUAAAGGAAUAAUAUACGUGAAAUUGUCAU